AUGCAAGUAGUCGUAUGGUUUAUGGUGACACAACCACAAUUACAGCGCAGCGCGAUAAUGUCUGAGCAAGAGCCUGGUCAUGGUGGUGAUGUGAAUCCACCGAAGAAAGAUUGGGUGCAUUUUGAUGAGCAAUCAGAACAAGGCGAGGAAAAGAAUGAAGAAAAUCGCGAAAUGUCCACAAAUCAGGUGGAUCAAACCACUCCUCCUCCUCAAAUAACACCACAGUCGAUUGUUAUAGAUGCGUCAAAACUUCUUGAAAGUAGUGGGUAUGCGACGAGGAGUGGAGCAAAGGCUAAUGGAGGCACACCACCAACUGAUCCCGAAUCACCGACGGUUGUGGUACCCAAAGAAGACGAACCAUUCAGUGCGUAUCGAAAUGGUAAAAUCAUAUGUGCAGUCUACCCGGAAAAUACGACAAUGGCAUGGGUAGUACCGGCGAGAUAUAACCCAUACAGUAUGCCGAGAUCACUAGCUGACGACAGGCUCAAGUUACCGUCGGAAGAUUACGUGACAGCGAUGGAAAUGAUUACAAAUGAUUAUCGAUUCAGGUGCGACGAUUUUUCAUUUGUUUUUUUUUUUUCAAAUUUUAAUAUUCAUUUUCGAUUUGGAAGAAUGGGAUUUUUGUGCCUCAUUUUUGCAAUAUCCUACCAUUUGAUUAGCGCGGAAUAG